AGUGGCCGAAUCAGGUAUCAGCGUUCUGUUUUCUCUAGACCUCAAAUGCACACAUGCCAAAUCGAUGUUUAACGAUGCAAAUGAUAUUCUUGUUGAGACUGAUAGCCGUCACUCAUCACGACUUUUUCCGAAGGGUAAAAUGAAACUGCCUGUGGAAGCUAACGGCGAGGGUCAUCAAACGAAAUGAGUUCAAACUAAGGCCUCGUGCGAUGCCGUAAACGUUUUAGUUUGUCAACCGAUACGGACCGCGAUACAUCUUGACAUACGGGAUGCGGAAGUGCUUGCGAACUUUUCUCAAUCCAAAGGACUUUUAUGCCGCCCAACGGCCAGUGCUGCGGGUCUCCUUCUUAGUGGGUAUGACACCGUUUACAGUUGUAAAAGGACCUACGGAGUUGAUGAUGUUACGCUGCACCCCAUUCGGGUACAUCAACUCCAGCGUGCACGUGGUCCUGUUCUGCAGCUGCUACGUAAAUGCGCUGCUGAAUGGGGAAACCAUAACGCGGUUUUUCUUCCGCACCGACAUCAGUACCUUGGGAGAUGUGUUGCAGUUUACCAUCGGUAUCACUGCACUUUUCAUGACCUUCUUCUGCAGCAUUUUCCAGCGGAACAAGCUGAUCAAAUCGUUCCACGCACUCGCCAGUAUCGAUCGACGCUUUAAGGAAAUUGGCAUGGAAACGAACUACAAAAGCACGUUGCACUACAAUCUGUUGGUAAUGUGCACCAAAGUGAUUAUCACCACGCUCUAUCUUGUCGUGUGCCUGACCGUGUUUAUCUCAUCCAACACGUAUCCGAGCGUGACCACAUGGAUGGCAUUUUUGCUGCCCUAUUUUAUGAUGUCGAUGGUGAUCGUGCUGUUCCUGUGUUUCGUCAACCAAACCAAACAUCGGUUUCAUCUGCUGAACAAGGUACUGAAACACCUCAAACAAGCGGCAUUGGAAAAGAGAAUCUCGCCACAACGACGACCCAGCUAUUGGCAUGCGAUCAAAAUCCAGCGUCCACUUGGUAUCGCGUCCGUGUACUCCAACAACGACAAAUCUAUGCCAGAUGUUGUGGCUACUGUGGCUGAAAUACAGGAUGCAUUGUGCGAAGCGUGUAGCUGCGCUGAGGACUAUUUUACGAUACAAAUGCUAACCAUCGUAACGAUCGUGUUUGUAAUCAUCGUUUUCAAUUCGUAUUAUGUGCUGGAUGCGCUGCUCGGAUCUACUUCGCGCGACACACCAUUUUCCAAGGGACAGUUUGCGAUGUUUUUCCUCUGCCAGGCUAUGGUGUACGGAUUCGGAGUGUUCAACAUCGUGUACGGAAGUAGCUCGCUGGUGCAAGAGAAUGACAACAUUGGUUCCAACGUUCACAAGCUGCUGAACGCCGCUGCCGGAGCGGACAGUGAGCUCGCGGGAAAAUUGAUGCAGCUAUCCUUGCAAAUGUUACAUCGCAAAGUUCGCUUUUCCGCUUGCGGACUGUUUAGCUUGGACUUUACGCUGCUUUUUACGCUGGUGGGUGCAGCGACUACAUAUUUGGUCAUUUUGAUCCAGUACGAGCUGAGCAUGGACGAGAGUAGACAUGAAACUAUCGCAAGAGCUUUUCUGGGCAAUGAAACGUGGUAAUGCUCGUGCUAUUUUGAUCUUUUAUCUUGAUCCGUGUUAUAAUAUAUGGUAUUUCUAACACACGCAAAAAAGCUAAGAAUUCACUAAAAGGCACAUAUCAUGAGCAUACCCUGUAGACACUUCAAGUGCCAAUUGCGGACGAUUUACAGCGACGUUAAUGACUGCGUUUAAGCGGGAUGGCAUACAUUUACAUUUUAAAUGUAAACUAGCUACACAGUUCUAUUGCCACUUAUAUCUUUUGUUGUUAAAUAUAGACGUAUUCAAAAUAAAAACGAAACUUAUCAAAAUAUUUUCUGGCACCACAUUCGUAUAUAACAACAUGUUGAAUCAAAUAAAAUUACUCACUUUUGCCGGUA